CUCCCCGCCCGCGCGCCCGCGCCGCGCGGCGAAUCCUGGGGGCGCAGGCCGGAAGCGCCGUCCGGACCCGCCCCCUGCCCGCCGGAGCCGGAAGUUGCGACCCCGGCCCGCACGUCGCCCCUCGCGGGCCGCGCCGCACCAUGCUCCGUGGCCCCCCGCGCCUCCUCAAGGUCUCCGUGGCACCGGUCGCGGCCCUGGCUGUGGCGCUGCUCUCGUCGCUCUCGCGCUGCUCCCUCCUGGAGCCGGACGACCCCGCGGCCUCCGCGCUCAGCCCCUACUUCGGCACCAAGACCCGCUACGAGGAUGCCAACCCCGGGCUGCUGCCGGACCCCGAGGCGCCGCGGAGGGACCCCGAGCUGCUGGAGGACGCCUGCACGCCGGUGCAGCUGGUCGCCCUCAUCCGCCACGGCACCCGCUACCCCACGGCCAAGCAGAUCCGCAAACUGCGGCAGCUGCACGGCCUGCUGCAGGCCCGCCCGUCCGGCGACGGCCGCGCGGGCCCCGCCGGCGGCCGCGACCUGGGCGCCGCGCUGGCCGACUGGCCGCUGUGGUACGCGGACUGGAUGGACGGGCAGCUGGUGGAGAAGGGGCGGCAGGACAUGCGACAGCUGGCGCUGCGCCUGGCCUCCCUCUUCCCGGCCCUGUUCAGCCUCGAGAACUACGGCCGCCUGCAGCUGGUCACCAGCUCCAAACACCGCUGCGUGGACAGCGGCGCCGCCUUCCUGCAGGGGCUGUGGGAGCACUACCACCCCGGCUUGCCGCCGCCCGACGUCGCAGAUAUGGAGUGUGGACCUCCAAGAAUUAAUGAUAAAUUAAUGAGGUUCUUCGAUCACUGUGAGAAGUUUUUAACUGAAGUGGAAAAGAAUGCCACGGCACUUUAUCAUGUAGAAGCCUUCAAAACGGGACCAGAAAUGCAGAACAUUUUAAAAAAGGUCGCAGCUACUUUGCAAGUGCCAGUCAACAAUUUAAAUGCAGAUUUAAUUCAGGUAGCUUUUUUUACCUGUUCAUUUGACCUGGCAAUUAAAGGUGUUAAAUCUCCUUGGUGUGAUGUUUUUGACAUAGAUGAUGCAAAGGUAUUAGAAUAUUUAAAUGAUCUGAAGCAAUAUUGGAAAAGAGGAUACGGGUACACCAUUAAUAGUCGGUCUAGCUGCACCCUGUUUCAGGAUAUCUUCCAACACUUGGACAAAGCAAUUGAACAGAAACAAAGGUCUCAGCCAGUUUCCUCUCCAGUCGUCCUGCAGUUUGGUCACGCGGAGACCCUUCUUCCACUGCUCUCUCUCAUGGGCUACUUCAAAGACAAGGAGCCCCUGACAGCUUACAAUUACAAGGAACAGAUGCAUCGGAAGUUCCGAAGUGGCCACAUUGUGCCCUAUGCCUCGAACCUCAUGUUUGUGCUUUACCAUUGUAAGAAUGCGAAGACUCCCAAAGAAGAGUUCCGGGUGCAGAUGCUAUUGAAUGAAAAGGUGUUGCCAUUGGCUCACUCCCAGGAAACCGCUUCCCUAUAUGAGGAUCUCAAGGAGCACUACAGGGACCUCCUCCAGAGCUGUCGCGCCAGUGACGAGUGUGAAUUACCAAAGGUGAACAACACGUCUGAUGAGCUAUGAGUCACCGGACAGGAUCUUCCGUGCGUCAGGGAGUGACCCCGCGCUUGGAGUGGCUGGGCAAGCCGCGGUUGCAGGAAGCUUUCCCAGUACCUGUGUAUUGCUGUCUUUUCACAGAAAGACGUCGAGUUUUCUUUUUGAAUCUGGACAGGGAUGUGUAAGCAGCGGUUCUCCUGGGGCAGCUGUCUUACGGGGGAAAAGUCUGUUGGGAAAAAUAGCCGGCACUGCACGUGUUGACAGAAAUUAGAUUCUUCCUGUCUGUAGAGGAACUCCCACACUGACACAGAAUAUGAUUUCACAGUGAUCCUUGAGGGUGCUGGAGUCACAGCGUCUGCCCCAGGGAUGAUCGUAACCUCUCCGUUGUGCUGCCCUUCGCUUUCCCGCAGGUGGCACGGCUCUGCUGUCAUCCGUGUGCCGCGGAAAACAGGCGGAGCCCCGGGAGCGUCACUCUGGAAGAAGCUAGCCUCUCUAGUUAAGGAUUGGAAAUGAUAUUAAGAAAUAGAGUGUGAUUUUCAAAGGACACCUUCACCGAAGGAAGACAGAGUAUAAUAAAAUAGAUAUUUUAUAAAGUAUCUGAACACUUUUUCAGUAAUUCCUUUUGACCUCCUGGUGAGUCUUGCGAGGCCAUUCUUUAAUCACUACCUUAGCUGCUCUGCAUUUGUAACGGUGGAGGGACAAAGGGGACCAUUAGCAGCGAGUAAGACGGAAAGAAUCAAAGUUUCUUAGUCCGUUGCUUCGCAGUUUGGUUUGUUUGUUUUUUCAUUCUAUCACUUUGCCUCUUUUUAUAUUUUGCCUCUAUGUGAAAUGUAUCUUUUGGUUAUUUAUUGCUUUUCCAUUCUCCCCCUUUCCCUCCCCACCCCCCAUAAAGAUUUCAUCCUGGCUGGCUUAGUUUCAUAGAUCUGAACCCAUUUCUCAGAUACUUCUGAGUUUUGUCAGAUGCUGUGAAAGUGUUUGCUAUAAUAAUAAACAGAAUUCUUGUGACUUUA